UAACAGAGAAAACCAGAACAACAAUGGCAACUCUGUUUAGUUUUAACCUCCUAACCCCAAGGAUCGCAGCCAACCUACCAGAUUCCACCAAGGUUCCAUACCUUAACCAGAAGAACCAGUCAUGGAAAAGAAUAACCCCUUUGGGGUGUAGACGGAUGCAGGGCAUUAAAACUCAUUGGACCGGCCCUGCCUCUGAUAGCAUAUCAGAGAAGGUGGUGCAGGGCAUCAAGGAAGCGGAAGAGUGCUCCGGUGAUCCGGCGAGCGGAGACUGCGUGGCGGCUUGGGAUGAGGUGGAAGAGCUGAGUGCAGUAGCCAGCCACGCCAGGGACAGGAUGAAAGACAACGAUCCUCUGGAGAAUUACUGCAAAGACAACCUGGAGACUGAUGAGUGCAAAACUUACGAUAAUUGAAAAAUAUUUAUAAACAUAUAUUAUCUUAUAAUUAUUAGAUCAUAAU